GUUUGAAAUUUGGAUCCCAAGAGUUAAUGGAAUUCUCAAGUUAGGGUAUUGAAAACAUUUUCUUUUUAUUAUUGCCAUGGGAUUAAAUUCAAGGCAAUGGUCAGAGUUUGCCUUGUCCAGAGCUUGUUGAAACGCUAGGGUUUCGGUGUUAGAACGAAAACGGAAAGCCAUGAAACGCAGGUCUCACCGUCUGCCGAUCUCUGAUCCUCCUGAUGACUGGGGUGAUGGCUCUUGGACUGUGGAUUGCGUUUGCGGUGUGAAUUUUGAUGAUGGAGAAGAGAUGGUGAACUGCGACGAGUGCGGUGUUUGGGUGCACACAAGAUGCUCGCGCUUUGUGAAGGGGGAGACGUCGUUUGCUUGUGAUAAGUGCAAGAACAAGAAGAAGAGGAAUGAUAGCGAGGAGACGGAGGUGGCACAAUUGCUCGUUGAACUCCCCACCAAGACAUUAAGGAUGAACACAUCAUAUCCAUCGUCUGUUCCUUCACGGCCUUCUUUUAGGCUAUGGACUGAUAUUCCUAUCGAGGAAAGGGUACACGUACAGGGCAUUCCCGGUGGCGACCCUGCCCUGUUCCGGGGGUUGUCAUCAGUUUUCACUCCUGAGUUAUGGAAGUGUACCGGUUAUGUGCCGAAGAAGUUCAACGUUCAAUACAAAGAGUUCCCUUCCUGGGAUGAGAACCGAGUUUCUGAUGCUAGAAUUGAAGAGGAAAACGAGAAUCUGGUUGACAAAGGUGCCGGUGUUCUGUUCUCCUUGUCGAAGGAGAUAAUUUCUGCUCCCUCAAUGGAGACUUCCAUUGGAUUGAGAGGUCCAUUUGAUGAAACUGGUGGUGAGAGGAAUGCAUCUCUAAAAGAUAUGAAGAAACGGGAGGCUAAAGAUUAUAGCGUUGGGCGCAUGCAGAAUAGCGUGAAAAAGGAGAGAGACCAGCUCCGGCCUGUUGGGGUUUCGGGGAAGCGGAAGAAGGAAGACUACGGAACAUUUAAGGAUCGGAGUGGAAUGAAAAAGGCUAGAAGUUCCGAUAAGGAGGCGGACAAUAAAAAGAGAGCUUCUGGACAUGCCCAUGGGGCGCAUAAGCUGGAGUUUUCUGAAGUGGGUGUCAAGAUCAAGACUGAUUCUUUUGAUGUGAGUAAUGAACAUAGAACUGAAUCGGUACUCCCAGUUCCUGAUCUUGAAGCAACAACUAAUACCAACAAGACAUUGAAUGUAUCGUCUGCCAAGCCAUACUCAACUGAACGCAUCUUGAGUGACAAUUGUAGAGAUGCUUUUCCUAGGGAAAUGGAACCAAGUCCAGAAAAGGUAGAUAACCAAGUUCCUUCAAGAAAUGAGAAUUAUCCUAUAACUGGUUGUGGUGCACUUUCGGUUUUGGAGUUAAAUGAUGCUGGGUGUAUCGAACCAGAAAAAGAGGAUGUUAAGACAGCUGUUGAUGAUACAAAUCGUCUUACUGAUGGGAACUAUGAUCCAAGGGACUUAAAUGGAGGUUCUUCCAGUGUUGCAGUAGAUUCUCAGAAUACGAGGCCCCUUGCUUCAAAGCUAUCGAGUACCACUGCAGAAGUGCAAGAAUAUCAAAUGCUUCAAGAUUCGCAUGGUUGCAGUCCUCCGAUCUCUGUACAAUCUACUAUCAAAUUGAAAAUUGGAGGCGGCGAUGAGCAUCUGAUGAAGGAUUCAGUUAUUCCUUCUUCACCUAUUACUGAUGUAAAGAAUGACACGACCAAGUUCUCGACUACGUCUCUGGGGAGGUCUGCUUUGGCACAGGUGCAUGACACAAUUUUAGGGAGUUUGCCAUUCAGUGAACAUAAAGCCCAGGAUAAUGAAAGGGAAUCAAAAGAAUUAAGCCACACUGAUUGGGAGAAUAUUGAUGAAAGAAUGGUUUCUGUAUCUGAUGAGCCUCAGAAGCGUGAACAAGAAAUUGAAGGCUCAAUUGGUCCUGCGACAUUGCAGGAAGGUUCUUCAGAACCCAAGUGUGUUUUGCAACAUGCUGAAGAGCCAGUGAAAUUAGGAGAGACACAGCCAAGUCCUCCUGCACAACAUACUCAACAUAAAGUGGUUGCUGGUGUUGUAAAAUCUUCUUCAACUUCAUCAACUGUUGUGAUCUCCAAGUUGUCUGUUUCUGGUUCUAGUAAAGCUGUAGUUGCUUCUACUCCCCCAAGGCCUUCAACUUCGACUAAACGAGUGAAGAUGAUCUCUUUUGCUGAUACUAGGAGAGUUCAUGCUGUGAGUGAUGUAGUACGGGAUGAUUUAAGACAUGAGGUGGCAAGAAAAACAGCAAAAGAUUCUGUAUUGAAAACACAGCAAACAAGCAAGAGUUCCCAAGCUGCGCUCUCUAAACGUCCCCCAACAGAUUCAAAGGAGCUGGUGUCAAAUGCAUCUUUGAGAUCACCUGUUGGACAGAGUGUAGCAACAGUUUCUUCUGGCUUUGUUGAGUCUACAGGCUCACUGCAGACUCAAGGUGCUUCGCACAUGCAAAGCAAAAUUACUGCUUCAGGUUUCUCCAAGGGUGAAAAGUUCAGUCAAUCAAGUUCUCAGCUGUCGUCUAAGUCAAAUAAUUCACCUCCGAUGCAUCCUCCAGCACCUGUCAUCUCUUCUGCAGCAUUGAGUGAUGAAGAGCUUGCCCUACUGCUGCAUCAAGAGCUGAACAGUUCUCCAAGAGUCCCACGGGUGCCUCGUGUGCGUGCAGGUAGCAUCCCCCCAUUGGCUUCUCCAGCUAUUAGCUUGCUUAUUAAGCGCUCAUCAGGUUCAGGAUCAAAGGAUCAGGUAAUGGUUUCUCGGAGAAAAAACAAAGAAGAUGCCUCUAAAGAUGACCGCCGGAGUUCUCGUGAGCCUAGUGAUGAUCCCAAGAAGAUUGAUAGAGUGACUUCUUGCCUUGAUCAGAGGAGACAGGAUCCAGUUCUUACAACAGAUGGUUCUACAAGUAGGGAAAUAUGUGAUAGAUCUCUGGAGUUGGUACAUUCUGGUAAGAAGAAUAUGCCUUCUGCCUCCCCUAUUGCAAACAGCGGUCCAUCUUCCUCCAAUGAGACCAAUGACCAGAACUUGUCCUCCAUACGCAACUCACCCAGGGAAAUAGCUGAUGAUGAUAUAGGCACAAUAUCAGGCCAUGCUCCAAGCACUUUACCAGGCCUUGUUAACUUGAGGAAGCAUAAUGGAGAACAGUAUGCAUCAAGUCAAUCACAGGCUGUUCUUGAUUGCCUUAGGAAUCACAAUGAAUGGCCCCAGCUGGUUGAUCGUGGUCCCAAGACUAAUGCCGGUAGGAAGAGACAGAAACUGGAUGCUGAGCCAUCCAUGACAGAUUUGGAGAAUGAAGUUGACAGGGGCAGAUACCCUCGGGAGUUAGAAGGCAAGAGUGUUGACUCACAGCAAGAGGACUUCCCCAAGGGUAAAAGGAAGGCUCGAAAACGCAGGCGAUUGGCACUACAGGGUAGGGGCAUAAAGGAUGUCAGGAAGGGGCAGAAAGUAGCAGCAAUCACUGAUGAUGAUUUUGGCCCAUUUUCUUAUUCAAGCGAGGGCACUGAAGGCAUCUUCAGUGAGGAUGAGAGCCAAGGAGUUAGAGCAUGUCCCGUGGGAAGCGAGGCUUCUACUGGUUCAGAUGAACAGGGGCUCAUGUAGUUAUUGAAUGGUUGUUUUCCUGUUCAAUUUUCAAUUUGAUUGAGUAGAUCUUGGAAGAGGGUUAAAGAAGUGGCCCUUGUAGGUAGUCAAUGUCUCUUUGCUGUUGGUACAAGUUCUUCCACGCUGAGAUUCCCUGAUAGUCCAUUCCAA